AACUUUAAUUUUUUGAAAAAUUCAAUGCCUGCUUUCUUUCCCCUUCUAUGCAUAUUGACAACAGAAAUCCACACUAAUUGCAUAUAAAACCUCCCCAUUUUCAUUCUCCUCACAUUUGUAGUUUGUGGAACCUUCAAAUCGAAGAAAGCAUGGCAUUCUUCAUCGUUACAUUCCCUACUAUAUCUCUCUUCUGUGAUGGCCUGUGAUCGAUGCGUCCAUCGAUCAAAGGUUGCCUGCAAUUCCUCCCCCUCUGCAAUUCCAGAGGUUGGGUAGAGGAGGAAGAAGCAAAAAACUAUCAGAGUGAAAAUGCAGCCACUCAACUCUGCCUUCAAGCAGAUUAUCCUGGGUUCAUCAUCAAUAGCUCGGCGAAACAUUCUAUCUGAAAUGGGUUAUGCCUUCACAGUCAUGAGUGCAGAUAUAGAUGAGAAAAGCAUUCGCAUCGAGAAUCCCGAGGACUUGGUCAUGGCACUGGCUGAGGCAAAGGCAGAUGCCAUAAUAUCCAGGCUUGACUUGAGUGUCUACAAGGAACCAAGUGCUGAACCAACGCUGUUAAUAACUGCUGACCAGGUGGUCGUCCAUGAAGGAGUAAUUAGGGAGAAGCCUUUGAGUAAGGAGGAAGCUCGAGCGUUCAUUAAAGGCUAUUCCAAGGGGCAUGCAGCAACUAUAGGCUCUGUACUUGUUACUAACCUAAAAACUGGUAUCCGAAAGGGAGAGGUGGACAAAGCUGAGAUUUAUUUUCAUGAUAUACCAGAUGAGAUAAUUGAGAGCCUGGUAAAUAUUGAGGAGGGAAAGGUACUCAAUGUUGCUGGUGGUUUAAUCGUGGAACAUCCGUUGACCUCACCCUUGGUGGAAGCAAUGGUAGGAACGACAGACAGUGUUAUGGGGCUUCCAAAGGUUCUCACUCAGACCCUGAUUCGGGAAGCAUUGCUUUAGCUCUCUCAUUUACUAAAGCAGGGGCUUGAUUGGGUUAGAUCUAGCCAUCCCCAUGAUGAAACUAAUUCUAUUAUUGCAUUAUGGAAGUUUAACUCAGACCCUGAUUCAGGAAGCAUUACUUCAGCUCUCUCAUGGACUAAAGCAGGAGCUUGAUUAGGUUAGAUCCAGUCAUCCCCAUGAUGAAACUAAUUCUAUUAUUCCAUUUGGAAGCUUAAUUUUUAGAAAAGGACUCUCUGGAAGAAUCAUUUACCAAUUUAUUUGUUUCUUGGGUCUGUCAUAAAUGUUUCUAUGUUCGAUGGUGUACUUGGCACUGUGAUAAUAUGAAUAUCUCAAUCUAGCAAAAUUGGUUCUAAUGAAAAUAAAGGAGUUUGAAAAUA